AUGAGGCGGAUCGGGGACAGCAGCAGCGGCAGAAAUAAAAGUGCAACAGCACCAGAGAAGGCUUUUGUUGCUGACAAGCCCGUGAAUGGUUGUUACGACUGCAGCAGAAAAAACAGCCACGCGUCUCGGUUAGGUCUGCUGCAACGAACUGCUGCAGUGAGGGCGUGGCGUGUGGCCGUCCAGCAGGCGCAGCCACCAUUGCUGCGUCAGGGUAACAUCCCUGCUGCUGGUGUUUCAGCCGUUGCUGCAGCAGGUGCUGCGGCUGCUGCAGGUAUUUUAUCAGGCCGCUUGCACCAAAGGCACUUUUUCUCGAGGUCUCUGGAGAGAGUAGGAUCAAGGCAGGGAACGACGGCUGUAAGCGAAGCAGCAGCAGCAGAAGCGGCAGCUGCAGAUACGGUCAGUUCAUCUCGUUUCCGCAGGCUCUUCUUUGGGUUUGCUCUUGCUGCUGUUCCCCCUCUGCUGUUACAAGAGCUGUUCCAGCAGAAUCAAUGCAGCCAGAAGCAGCUCAAAGAGAAGAGAGGCGCCUCAUGGCUGCUUCGCGGUGCUGCGCUGCACCAGCAGCCCACUGCUUGGUGCGAGCAGGUGCAGCCACAGCUUCUGCAGCAGGUACAGAUUCAGCAGGAGCAGCAGCAGAAAGUGCAGGCGCCCCAACAGGCCGACGAAAAGGACCUGCAGCUGCUGCAACAAAUGGUGGGAGAGCCUAGAAGUGCCUGGCCGUUGUCUGUACACUCGACACAGCAGGCGCUGCAGCAGCUCGGCCUUGCAGCAGGCGUAUCUCAAGUAGCAGCGAAUUACCCCGUCGAAGACAGGGCAGUAUUCGCUGCUGUCUCUACUGCUUCUCCCGACGAACCAGCAGCUGCAGCAGCGCAUCUCACCGCAGCAGCAGCAGCCUCAACAGCACAGCAGCAGCUAAUGGCGCUUGCACAGCAGCUGUUUCCGAAUGAUGCUCCACCAGCUGGUGCGGCUGCUGCUGCUCCUGGCAGUGCUGCUGGGUCUGUGUUGCAGCCACUGCAGAAGUCUGGGGAUUCGAGUCGGGGCAGUCCAUGGAAGCCACGCUGCCUUGUGGCCAUUGUCGAUGGUCACGGAGGGCCAGACGUUGCCGAGUACGUACACCAACACUUGCCUCGCUUUGUAGCUGCUGAAUUAGCUGCUGGAGACGGAACGGACCUCAAGUUUGCAGAGAAGGCACUGGCCCGAGCUUUCUGUCGACUGGUAGGGGCUUGCUGCUUGGCUCUCCUCUUCACGGAAAAAGGAAUCGUUGUAGCGAACAGCGGCGACUGCAUGGCUGUGCUGCAGCGCAGUAGCGGAAGCAGCAGCAGUCAGCUGGUGGAGCUUAACAAACAACAAAACGCAAACUCCCCAGAUGAAAGGAAACGGCUACAGAAGCUGCAUCCAAAGGAAGAUGAUGUUGUAAUCUGUAAGCGGGAGUGGCUUGAGCCGCGUCAGCCCCAAAACGCAUUCCAUUCUCUUCUUCAUGCAGUUGGCCUUCUGGGCAGCGAAACGCAGCGGGGCUCGUGUUAUGUGAAGGGUCGGCUGCAGCCGACGAGGGCCUUUGGGGAUUUCAUGCUAAAAAACGAAAAGUACAUUGAAGAACUGCAAAGAGGUAGACGGCGGCGGCCCCCGUGCACCAGCAGCAGUGCAGCAGCAGCGGCUGAAGCAACAUCAGGCACAGCGGCAGCAGCGGCAGGAACAGAGACCUGGUCAUUUCCCUAUGUAAUAGUGGACCCACAAACACAAGUUUUUGAAAAGUCGGAAGCGGAUCAGUUUGUGGUGGUCGGCACAGAUGGCCUCUGGGACUUCCUCAGUCCUGCGGAGGCAGCAGCAGUUGUCAGGUCAUCCCUUAGCAGCAGCAGCAGCAGCAGCGGCAGCACGAUGACGGAUUUGGCAAAAAGGGCGGCAGACGCUCUUGUGCGAGAGGUCAUGCGGAAAGCAGCAACGGAACGCGGCAUGUCGAUUGCUGCUGCCCUUUCUGCCCCCCCGAAGCAGCGCCGCCGCAUUUAUGACGACACUACCGUCGCUGUCAUAUUGCUGAACUCAGCAGGGCAGCAGCACACAUCCUAG